AUGCUUUAUCGCACCGCCUGCACCAUACCGAAUUGUGCAGACCGGUUUAUCUCUUCUUUCUCCAUGGGCGUCAGUCUCUCCCUUCUAACGCCACAUGCCCACACGGUGGCGAUCAGGUCGUAUAUCGACGUUCUCCCGCUGUACAAGUUUUUGGCGGUCAUCAACGACAAUCGCUUUCUCAAAACCAUCAAGGCUGUCGAUACCCGCACAGGAUCGCUUUUGGUGAUCAAAGUGUUUGUCAAGCCACAACAGACAGACAUCCGGCUCGGCAAAGUGGCAGAGAACUUGGCCCGCGAGGCGCUGCUAUUGGCGCCGUACCCAAAUACUUUGGCCUGGCACCAGAUCACCGAGACAGACCUGGCCGGCUACUUGGUGAGGCAGUUGGUGCGGACAAACAUCUAUGACCGGCUUUCGCUUCGCCCAUUCUUGGCUCCGGUCGAGAAACUAUGGCUUGUGUUCCAGAUGCUACGCGUGGUGCUGUUGCUCCACGACCAGCUCUCCAUCUGCCAUGGCGACAUCAAGACGGAAAACUUGCUUGUGUCUUCGAGCAAUUGGCUUGUCCUCACAGACUUUGCCCAGCACACAAAGCCGGUGUACUUGCCGGACGACAACCCGAGCGAGUUUGUCUUCUAUUUUGACAGUUCCGACCGCAGAAGUUGCUAUGUGGCCCCAGAACGCUUCUACAAGAAAAGCUCGCUGAAAACAGACAUCAACGAUCAGGCAUCGCUCACGCCCGAAAUGGACUUAUUCUCUUUGGGCUGUGUCAUUGCAGAGCUUUACAUGGGCGGAGAGCCCACAUUUUCCCUUUCUGACUUGUACCGAUACAAACGGGGCGAACUAGAGCCCAACUUGUCUCCGAUACCCGACCCACACAUUCGGGAAAUGGUGCUGCGUUUGUUAAGUGUCGAACCAAGCAAAAGACCGCUGGCCCUGGCUCUUUUGGACGAAUACAGAGACGUAUGUUUCCCAGGAUACUUUUAUGACUUUCUUUACGAUUUCAUGUCCAAAAUGAACUCAUCGCAGCGUUUCGCUAAAGAGGACGACAACUUCUCUCCCAGUGACCUUCGACUCGAAGAGAUAGCAGAGAAAUAUGCAGACAUUGCCGAAGCGCUUGGCUAUACAUACGAAGAUUGCGAUAAAAGUAUAGAGAAGCAGGAAAAGUCACAAGACGGAAACGAUCGAGACACGGGAAAUCCAAAAAGAAAAGGCUCAGAAAAAAAUGCCUCAAAGGAGCUUAACGAAGCGGAAAAUACAGACUUUUCGGGUCUCAAGGUUAACUUACCUCCAAUCCCGUCAGACUACGUCAUACGCCCCAGUUCGCUGUUUUCUAACACUGGAAGUGGCGCCCUUAUCGUGCUAGAUCUCAUUUUUUCUCUAAUCAAGUCUGCCCGCCGUCCGCAAUCCAAAAUCAAAGCAUGUGAGUUGAUUCUCGUGCUUCUGGAAAGAAUCGGAGACGAAAUCAAACUCGACCGGUGUGUCCCUAACCUUUGCUUUUUCUUGGAUGAGUUUAUCGAGGAUGCGUCCAUGCUUCAAAACGAUGAUUUUUCCGAUCACAAUAAUUUUCCUAGCGCCACCACUUUCUCAAGCUUAGUAGCAAGAACUGCGCUUCUAGCCUUGACCACACUUCUAGGUUCUUGCACAAGUAUAACUCCCAUCAACGCACAUAUAUUCCCCGAAUACUUGGGACCUAAGUUGAAAAGCAUUGCUUUUCUCAAUAGUCCUUUUCACGAAGAAGCUAAUUAUGUGAAAUGUGUCUUGGCUCUGUGCCUUCCUUACUUAGCCCAAAUUUCAGACCGCUUUUGUGCCUUGUGCCGUUCUUUGAAAUCAGAAACACAGAGCUUGGGAUCUUUGGAUGCGGCAAAGAGUAGAUCACAAGCCAGCUUUAAAGACAUUAGCGAAGCUUUGCUUACUGAAACAAAUGUGAAUGUUCGAAUCAGUCUCAUUAACCACAUUCUUCCCCUCUGCCAAUAUUUUGGCGUCGAUAAAACAAACGAUAUCAUUUUGCCCCAUUUGAUCACAUAUUUAAAUGAUUCAAACUACCGUUUGAGACUUGCCUUUCUAUCUUCUGUUAUGGACAUGGGCAAUUUUAUAGGUGCGUUGGCUUUUGAGCAGUACCUAUUGCCUUUGUUAUUUCAAACUUUGGGUGACAACGAGCCAUCAGUUGUUCUUAAAGUUCUCGAAGUCUUCCAUUUUUUCGUCUGCAAAAGACUCAUCAACCCACAAAAUGAGUUCAAUGCUUUGUCUGUUUACAAAGAAUUGUUGGUUAAUUCAGUUGUGUUGCUCCUUCAACCCAACGAGUGGAUUCGCCAAUCGGUAGUUUGCCUCAUUCUUCUGAUCAGUGACAAUAUUCUGAACGCAGACAGGUUCUGCUUUCUUUAUCCGCUAAUCAAAUCAUAUUUGUCAUACGAUAUUUCUGUUUUGUCUUGGGACACAUUGUACCCAUGUUUGACAGCACCACUUUCAAAACAGGUUUACGAAGCUGCACAAACUUGGCGCAACAAUGCUACAAAUAAGUCCAUGUUUUGGCGCAUGGCUAAUUAUUCAGCGUUUCAUUCACAUGGGCGCCGGAAACUUGUUUCUUUUUCCAAGGAUAUGGGAAAAUAUGUCUAUGUUCCCCAAAGCAGCUAUAACGGCCUGUCAAAAACAGAACACUCCGCAUCUGACAUACCCUUGUCAAAUGAAGACAGACAAUGGAUUGUGAAAUUGAAAUCAGUGGGGAUGGAUGACCGUGCUUUAUGGAAAGUGUUUGCUUUAAAAGACCAUUUCCUUAACUUGGGCAGGUUUUCUUCAGGAAACAAACUGGACAGUGUUGAAUUCGAGCUCGCAGGCAAUAUCAAUGUACCACCCACCAAUAUCUUCUUUGAAGUUUGCUACAAAACCGAACCCAUCUCAGAAUCUACUAGAACAACGGAAACAAGCUAUGAAGAGGCAACAAACGAUGCUCUUUCGGUAAGGCUCCUCCCAAAUACAACUUCGCUUGUGUUGCCUUCGACUGGAAAAUCAAAGGCAUCUUUGCAAACGGUUGAAGCCAACGUAAUGGGGGAGUUGGAUCUAUCACACGAAAAUGCGCAGUUCAAGCCGCGGCAUCCGGCUCAUGCUUAUCAGAAUGGAAAAGACAAGAAUGUAGCGCAUAGGGUUUUCAGCAUCAAUAAUCAAAAGGUGAUAUCGGUCACUAUGCGGCACAAUUUCGCUGGCAGCAACCCGUUCGUUCUCAAAUAUCUCGAAAACAUGGAGUUUGAGCCGACUUUGGAUGAUUUCCCGGAAUUCGGACCAGCAAUAAAGGCGAGCCGUGAACCUUCUAAGGAACCAGCAAAAGUCCAAGGAAGUUUGAUUGCGCAAAUCAAUACCAACAGCACAAGUGGCAACCUUGAUUCCAUUACAAAAGUUGCGGUCUCACCCUCUUCGGAAUUUCUUGUCACUGGCUCGGAAAUGGGCUACUUGAAAGUAUGGGACUGUGCAAAGCUCGAUAAGAAUAUCACGGGCAAAAACGCAAGUCUCUCUAUGAACUUAAAGCUGGGGAUCUCUGACAUUGCGUUUAUGGCGCGGCGUCCUGUGUUCGCCGUAUCCACUAUAGAUGGAAAUCUUCGGUUGUUUCGAGUUCAUGUUUCUCGCGGGAAACAAAGAAAAAUCGUCAAGUACUCCAAGCUCUCGUUGGUUCGGAGUGUCAAAGUCGAAGAUGGGUAUGCGACAAAUGUGGCAUUUGUCUCGACUCCAGGAAAGACAAUGUGCAUUGUCGUGACAAGCUCAUGUAAAGUUUUGGCAUACAAUGUGGUGACAAUGGAGAAACACGUGGAGCUACAAAACCCGUUGCAUUAUGGCGUUCCAACGACAUUUAUUGCAGAUCCCAAGUUCUCGUGGAUUUUGCUUGGCACAUCUGAUGGGAUCUUGUGUUUAUGGGAUGUUCGGUUCAAAGUGCUUUCUCGUGCAUGGAACGUCGUGCUAGAUCUGGUGAAGCAGCAAAAGACAGCAAUCAUAAAAUUGGUUACUGUAAGCUCGUCUUACGAAUCCUCUUCUUUUGCCAUGAUUGGUGGAAGUACCGAGGCAGAUAUAACCGUUUGGGAUAUUCCGGGAUUUACAUGUCGUCACGUGUACAGUGCUAACGGGGAUCGGCCAAAGAUAAAGCCGUAUGAAUUGAAAGAAAUCGACAAGGUCAAACAGAAAGGCAUCGAGGACGUUUUGGCAGACUUUUCCAUUGAUUUGAAUAUCGAGAAAAACGAGUCUUUCCGUGCGUUAGCGUAUACUGCGAGUGGCAGCCGCUACGUCACUGCUACGUGUGAUCACAGAAUAAUCGUCUGGGAUACGAAGAACGUGGCCCUGUCCGUUCUGCUACUCACUCCAGGUGCCGUUACUUUUACGGAGAAUCGUAUUUCAGCCAGCCUCAGCAUGACUUACGAAAAAGUGGACGGGAAAUCAGGAAAACAGAAUCACGUGAGUGGCAAUCAUGAUGCUGUCCUUGAUGUGGCGAUAGUGGAAAGCCCCAAUUACAUGAUUGUUGCCGUGGAACGAAACGGCUUGAUGUACGCUUAUAAGUGA